GUGUGUGGUGGAGCUGGUUUUACAGGAACUCAGAGGAGUAUUUAAGCCGUCUCUCAGGCUGUCGUCCUCAUUCUGAUCUGUCCGGUCACUCAGACUCGGAGACAGCAUGGACACUGGACACGUGGGCCGACUGCCCUCCGGACUGAGCAUCUGCUGCUCCAUCCCCGACAUGCUCUACCUGCCUGAACUUGUGUUUGGUGGUCUGGUGUGGAUCCUGGUGGCCUGCACCUACAUCGCCCCCUAUAACCCUCAGGCCUACGUGAUGACCGUGUCUCUGUUCUGCUUCGUCAUCACCUUCGUCUGGAUGAUGGUCUUCGUCUGUGGAACCCACAACAACCGAGCGUCCUGGGCUGCUGCGGAUGUGGCGUAUCACGCUCUGGCGUCCAUCCUGUACCUCAGUGCUGCCGUCCUGCUGGCCUUCACCACCCUCUACCUCACGGCCUCCGACUACGACUACAAACUGGACAUCGCCGCUGUGGUGUUCUCCUACGUGGCGUUUGUGCUGUACGUUAUUCACACUAUUUUCUCGGCUAUUCGGUGGAAAUCGUUCUAAAGCAGAGAAACAGUUUAAACAUCUGUCUCACACGGAGCUGCUGCACGCGCAGAUCAGCGUCUAUUUUCUGAAAGAUCUCUGUAAGAAUGUUUAAAAAUCAGUGGUAAUCUACAAUAAUCUCUGAUAAUGUUUAAUAAUCUGUGAUAAUCUGAGAUAAUCUGUGAUAAUCUGUAAUAAUCUGUUCUGUAGAUUCAGUUUAUUUGUGUACUUGCUGGGUCAGUGUCGGGGGGGUGUGUGCAGGUGUGUAAUCUGCUGCUCUCUGAAACUGCUGAUACAGAAAUACAGGAGUAAAGUCUGAUGAAGUGGACGGUGGAGAGAGUUUGUUGUAUUAACACAGUUAUUGAUCUGAUCGGCUGUGAUGAUGAUGAUCACUAUCUGCAGGUUACUGUACCGACUGUGUGGAAUAUUUGAGAAUGUUCUCUGUAAAGAGGGCGGAGUCACGAAUAAAAACUGCGUGUGUCGGCAGAG